UCAAGAGGAGACUGAGAGAAUACCUGUUUGUACUGUGCUGCUUCAAUGGCAUGAUUCCUUUCUAAGGCAACCUGCCAUAUUUAAAUCUAUAUCCUACAACCAAGAAGAAACAAAGCAUUAUAUUGGAAAUGUGUUUCUGCUUUUUUAAUUCCAUCUAAGCUUUUAAUUAUAUUUAAAUAUGUUAUCUAUUGCUCGAAAGUUAACAUGAUUUCAUGUUUAAAUGUCAUCCUUUGUGACAUGUUUAUGAAAUGCAAUUACUGUACAUAACUUCUUGUUAUUGGCUAUUUCAUUGUGUGAUUAUGGCUGACAACAAUACAACAGCUGCAGAUGGUGGUAGCAGCUCCUCUCUGCAACAAGUUAAUGACAUGAUCAUAAUAGUCCAGGUGAUGAAUGCAAUCUUCAUUUACAUCAUUUGCCUGCUCAUCUUCACCUUCUUCAAAAAGGACACCUUUCUCUCAAACACACGUUAUAUUUUCUUUGCUCACACACUGCUGACUGACUGUCUGUACCUAAUCAUGACUAAUAACUUACUCCUCCUGACUUACUUUAGUGUCACCAUGCCAGCUGCUGUGUGUGUUUUUUUCUGUGUGUUGCUUUGUGAGUUGACCUUUGUCACGCCGCUGACACUGACAGCCAUGAGCCUGGAGCGAUAUGUGGCCAUCUGCAUGCCCCUGCGCCAUGGAGAGCUCUCCACUGUACGCAGAGCCAUUCACUGCAUCCUACUCAUCCACAGCAUCAGCGCCAUACAGCCCAUCAUAAUUGUCUCCAUCUUCUUUGCCUCAGUCCCUCUGGGCUUCUACACGCAGUAUAAGCUGUGUUCAGCAGAUAUGUUUAUUGCACACAAGUGGCAGAGACACCUUAGAUCAGUUAUAGGUCAGUUCUACUUUCUGGUCAUGUCCAUCACCAUUGUGUUUACCUAUGUUAGAAUAAUUGCAGUGGCCAAAGAAUCUUCGGAAAAUAAGAAAUCUUUAUCUAAAUGUCGUAAAACGGUGAUUCUCCACGCUAUCCAGUUGUUCCUGUGUCUGAUCCAGCUGUGGUGCCCGUUCAUUGAGGCUGCCAUCCUGCCAAUUCAUUUGAAAUUGUACAAUGUGAGAUUCUUUGAUUACAUUGUUUUUAUUCUGGCCCCGCGAUGUCUUUGUCCACUUGUCUAUGGCCUAAGGGAUGAAAAGUUUUUCCUUGCAAUUAAAUGUUAUGUAUUUUUUGGGCUGAAUAAGAACAUUUCCCCAAUACUUGUUGAUAACUUAAUUACUGGUCAUAUGAAAACAUAACACUUGCUUAACAGGCAAGGCCAUUGGUAUUGUUAUUAUUUAUCACAUGAUUUUGUGGUAUUGAAAAGCACUUUGGUUUUCAAAGACCACAGACAAUAUGAUAUAUUGUGUUAAUCUUGAGGUAUAUUUUAAUGAAUGGCUAUGUUACAUAUGCUUAUGUGUUUAAGCUAAUUAUAGUAUCUGCAUUGUAGCGUCUUCUAAUCAGAAAAAAAUGUAAACGUCUCAAACAACAUUAACCAUGUGUGUAAUUUCAAAGAUGAGCUUAUUGAGAGAAAUAAAACAUUCCUUCC